AUGGAUACCACAGAUGAACCUCAGAGAAAAGUCUUUAAAGCACGAAAAACAAUGAGAGUAAGUGAUCGGCAACAACUUGAAGUUGUCUAUAAGGUUAAAGAGGAGCUAUUGAAGACAACUGAAGUUAAGUUGGUAAAUGGAAAACACGAGAAUGGAGAUUCUGAUUUAAAUUCCUCUUUAAGCAAUACAGACUGUAUGGAGGACAAGAAGGAGGUUAAUGGCAUAGUGGGUGUGUGUGUUAACUCUGAAGAAGGAAGAACAGCUUCUGAUGAAAUUAACAGGGGCAAAAGUCCUGAACAGAGGGCAGGGAACACAGUCAGUGACACAGAAUCCAAACCUCCAACACUGUCUCCAGAAAAUGUUACUCCUCAGCAAGAUAAAGAUACUGAUACUGCAGUAGCUCGUGAGGCUGGAAAUGGAGUGCUUGGUAGCAAUAAAGACAACUUCCAUGAAGAAAAUAAUGCAAAAGAUCAUUUGGACCAAAGAAAGAGUGAUACACCGUUGGAAGGUGAAAGUAAAUCAAUCUGUGAUACUAAGGACUCUUCUGAAGAGAAGGGAGAAACAAAUGAUGUAACUAUUAAUUCUAGUUUCUCUAGUGAGGAAAAGAAGACUGAAGAAGUAACUGCUAAAGAUGCUGUUGAAGAAGCAACCGUCUCCAGCAGUAUGGAAGCUGACCAGGAUAAACAAGAAGGCAAUGCAGGUCUUUCAGAAACUACUCUUAAGAAGACAGCAGAUGAGCCAAGCGAAAGCAUCUUGAACAACACUAAUGCUAUGGAAACAGAUGAAAUCAUUCCCAUUUUGGAAAAACUAGCACCGUCUGAAGAUGAUCUGAGCUGUUUUUCUAAAAGUUCUCUGCUUCCAGUGGAUGACAUAGUCUCAGAUUCAGAAGAGAAAAUAGACAACUCUUUGGGCUCACCAUCCAAGCAGGAAAGCAAUGAAAGUCUGCCAAAAGAGGCUUUCCUAGUACUGUCUGAUGAAGAGGAUCCCUGUGAUGAGAAGGAGGAACAUGCUGAAGGGAUAUUGCCAAGCAAGUCAAGUCUUCCAGAAGAGGUGGUGGAGGAGAAAAGACAGGAGAGUGAUGAGAAUAAAGAAGAAGAGGCCCACAAAGAAGAAGAGAAACAAACGGAGAAAAGUGACGGGUCCAAGAGGAGGCGUUCCAAGUCUGAUGACAUGGACAACAUUCAUUCUAAACGUUGUCGGUACAUAGGAGAAGAUUAUGAAGCAGAAUUCCAAGUGAAAAUUACAGCCAGAAAGGAUGUUGACCAAAAAUUACAAAAGAUUAUCCAGAGGCUGUUAGAAGAAAAACUUACUGCUUUACAGUGUGCAGUAUUUGACAAGACUCUGGCAGAUUUGAAAACUCGAAUAGAGAAAGUGGAAUGUAACAAGAGGCAUAAAACUGUGCUCACUGAACUACAGGCUAAAAUUGCUAGAUUGACAAAGCGGUUUGGAGCAGCCAGGGAGGACAUGAAGAAAAGACAGGAAAAUUCAGCAAAUGCACCUGUGUCUCCAGGGAAACCAGCAGCUGACACUGCAACUGCAAACAAUACCACAUAUAGAAGUCCUAGCACAGUGAGGCAGAUGCUGGAGUCAAAGAGGAGUUCAGGAGAGAGCGUGCCAGGAACUUUUCAAGCCCCUGUGAAUGCAGCGCCAUCUUCCAGUCAUGCUGCUUCUCCAGCAGUUGUCAGUGGGCAUCCUAAGUUUCAGACUCCAGUGACCUCCACCAGCAAUUUGACAACAACAGUUCUUCCCACGGCUAACACAGCUACGGUUGUAGGCACUAACCAAGUGCCCACUGGCAGCACUCAGUCAGUGUCUGUCUCGUUGCAGUCAUUGCCUGUAAUCUUACAUGUACCUGUUGCAGUGUCAUCCCAGACUCAGCUCCUGCAAGGCCACACAGGGACUUUGGUUACUAGCCAGCAGUCAGGCAGUGUUGAAUUUAUAUCUGUACAAAACUCAUCUACAGUUGGUAGCCUUACCAAAACUCCAGUUUCCUUGGCAUCAGCUAACACAACUAAACCAAAUAACAUCCCAUCUGUGCCCAGUCCUGGUAUUCAGAGGAACUCUACAGUCAAUGCUGGGUCAAUAAGCACAACGUUGGCAGUGCAGGCUGUUUCGACUAUUCAUCCUGUUGCCCAGACCACAAGGACUUCUUUGCCCACAGUGGGUACUGCAGGACUUUAUAAUGCUUCCAGCAGUCGAGCACCUCUACAGAUGAAGAUUCCCCUCUCUGCAUUAAGCAGUACAGCUUCUACUGAAACACCCACCAUUACAGCACCCAGAGUUGAAACCCAGACAAGCAGGCCACCAACAGAUGCUUCAGCAAACAAGCGAACUGCUGAGGGAACAACACAGAGCGGGAAGGUCACAGGAAGUGAUUCAGGAGGUGUCAUUGAUCUUACACUGGAUGAAGAAGAUGAUGGCUCUUCUCAAGCAGAUGGCAAGAAGCAAAAGCAGAACCAGAACCAGACAGCUGCUCCAGGACUGAGCAUAACCACCCAGCCCUUGGCUCGACCCUUGCAGCCUUUGCCAGCUUUGCAGCCAAGUCCUGUACAGCAGCCAGGAGUGCCAAUCAGUGGGUCCUCCCAGGCCACCAUACAUAUAUUACCUACAGCUCCGACAACAGUGAAUGUAACUCAUCGGCCAGUGACUCAAACUGCUCCAAAGCUUCCUAUACCAAGAGCCCCAACUAACCACCAGGUGGUCUACACCCCCCUUCCUGCACCACCAGCUCAGAAUCCUGUGAGAGGAGCUGUCAUGACAAGCUCAAGUUUAAGGCCAGUCAACCCACAGACUGGAGGUAUGACAGUGCGAAUGCCUCAAACAGCCUAUGUUGUGAACAGCGGGCUGACUCUUGGGUCUGGAGCACCUCAGCUUACAGUGCAUCAUCGACCACCACAAGUGCAUGCUGAGCCAUCACGCCCUAUACAUCCUGCCCCACUUCCAGAGGCACCACAGCCACCACGACUGCCCCCUGAAGCUGCCAACACUUCUCUGCCUCAAAAGCCACAGCUGAAGCUGGCACGGGUACAGAGCCAGAAUGGCAUUGUGCUGUCAUGGAGUGUCAUGGAGGUGGACCGGAGCUGUGCCACUGUGGACAGUUACCAUCUCUACGCCUACCACGAGGACCCAAGUGCCACCAUGCCCUCCCAGUGGAAGAAGAUCGGGGAGGUGAAGGCCCUCCCACUCCCCAUGGCAUGCACUCUCACACAGUUUGUGUCUGGCAGCAAAUACUACUUUGCAGUCCGGGCUAAGGACAUCUACGGACGUUUUGGACCCUUCUGUGACCCCCAGUCCACAGAUGUGAUCUCUUCCCAGAGCAGUUAAACUAGAGAUCUUUGGAGCUCUUUAAACCUGUCCUGCUACGAAGAAUUACCCCAGUUUUGGGGGUGUUUAUCCCAUGCAUGUAAUUCACUUCUAAAUCCACUCUCUGCAGGAUUAUUUUAGACAGCUGUGUGAUACACUACAUGCAUUCAGAACCAAAAGAAAAAUAGUCUCACCUGCAGCAAGAGAACCUGUUUUUUCUGGAUAGUUCGUGUCAUGGGCCAUUU